GGCUCCGAAUGGAAACACAAAGGAGACCCACCCACCAUUAGUUAAAUUCCAGCCUCCCUUCCUGGAACGGCUCUUUCCCGGAACAGUCCUGCGGCACGACAAUGAGCUAUCCAGGCUACCCCCCUCAGUCUGGUGGCUACCCCCAGCAGCCUGGCGGUUACCCCCCUCAGCCGGGAGGAUACCCUCAACAACCAGGACCUUAUCCGCCUCAGGGAGGAGGAUAUCCUCCUCAGCCGGGUGGCUACCCGCCCCAAGCUGGAGGUUUCCCCCCGCAGGCUGGAGGAUACCCUCAAGGGGGCGGCUACCCACCCCAGCCGGGUGGCUACCCAUCUCAGCCGGGUGGCUUCCCUCCCCAAGCGGGAGGAUACCCCGCUCCAGGUGGAGGCUAUCCGCCUCAGCCUGGUGGCUAUCCGUCCAUGCCUCCCGCAGGAGGUAAUGCUGGCUGGGGAGGAGGACCUGGCUUUGGAAUGCCUGGAGGAGGUAUGCCCUCUGGGAUGGGCUACCCAGGUGGCCCAGCUCCAGGUCAGCCUAUGCCAGGCUACCCAGGAGCUCCAGCACCCAACCCAUCCAUGCCAGGUUAUGGGGGAGGGACACCUGGUGCUCCGAUUGCACCAGCCAUCAACAGGGGAUUCCGGGGUACAAUCAGCGACUUUCCAGGGGCUGAUCCACUGAAGGAUGUAGAAAUUCUCAGGAAGGCCAUGAAAGGAUUUGGCACCGAUGAACAAGCAAUUAUUAACCUUUUGGGAAGCCGCUCCAACAAGCAGCGUGUGCCCAUGGUGAAGGCCUACAAAACAACUUAUGGAAAGGAUUUAAUUUCUGAUCUAAAGUCAGAACUUUCAGGACAUUUUGAGAACCUUGUCAUUGCCAUGCUCAUGACACCCACGGAGUUUGAUGUGCAUGAACUCCGCGAAGCUAUAAAGGGAGCGGGUACAGAUGAAGCAUGCCUGAUUGAGAUCCUGGCCUCUCGUUCCAAUGCGGAAAUUCGGGAAAUUAAUCAACUUUACAAAAGUGAGCACAGGAAGUCACUGGAAGAUGCCAUCAUUAGUGAAACUUCAGGUCACUUUCGCAGACUCCUGGUCUCACUUAGCCAGGGUAAUCGAGAUGAGAGGGAGACUGUGGACGUAUCUCUAGCCAAACAGGACGCUCAGAGUCUUUAUGCUGCUGGGGAGCACAAACUGGGAACUGAUGAGUCCCAGUUCAAUGCUAUCCUGUGUGCUAGAAGCAAACCACACCUCAGAGCAGUUUUCCAUGAGUACCAGCAGAUGUGUGGAAAGGACAUUGAGAAGAGUAUCUGCAGAGAGAUGUCUGGUGAUUUAGAGAGUGGCAUGUUGGCUGUGGUGAAAUGCAUCAAGAACACUCCUGUCUACUUUGCUGAGAGGCUUCACAAGGCCAUGAAGGGAGCCGGCACAAAGGACCGAGCUCUGAUCCGGAUUAUGGUGUCCCGCUCAGAAGUUGACAUGUUGGACAUCCGUCAGGAGUAUGCGCGCAACUAUGGGAAGUCGCUGUAUACCGACAUUUCUGGGGAUACAUCUGGCGAUUACAGGAAGCUGCUGUUGAAGUUGUGUGGUGGAAACGACUGAAGUCACGAAUAUAUGAUAGAAAAAUUCAUUCUGUAUAAGAAGUAUACCAAUUCACAGUACUACUUAUAUAGUGUGUGUCAUUGCAUGUUUGUUUUUUUUUUUUUUUUUUAAUGGUGGUCUACCUUUUUUGGCUACUUUUUAAAAAAUCAUUUGCAGAAAUGCAUACUAAAAAGCAUAUUGAUUUCUCACAGAUAUUCUGAACUAAUCUGAAGUACAUAAACCAUGUGAAAUGUCAUUUGUUGUACUAAUUUUUUAUCUAUACAGGUAUAUUUGUUCAAGUCAGCAGAGUAUGUGUAAUUUUGAAACAUGUAUAGGGUUAUAUCCAAAUUGAAUUAGCAUUUCAAUAUCAGCAGUGCUAAGAUUUAUCACAUAAUUAAUUAAGCUAUGCAAUUGUGUUUACAUAUUCCUAACAGAUAUAUUGUAAAAGUAGAGGUAUUUACCUGAAAGUCUUUAUGGCUUGUUUUGCAGUAAGGAAUAAAUGUCAUGGCAUUCCUGCAGUAGUUUCUCUUUCUGUUUUCAGUCUUUAAUCUGUGAAUGUAUGUUUAGGAGUAAACAUGCUUUACUGA